AUGGCUCACAACAUUCAGUUGAUAUCUAUUGCUAGUAGUAUUGUCAUUCCAGCAGCUUUUAUACUCUUCAUGGUUAGCAAUGCAUUUAUGAUCUGGAGUGAAAGAGGAGAUGACACUGAAGGAGCCAUAUAUGGUCUUUGGCGUUAUUGUGUUUCUGUAUCGGGCGAGAAGACGUGCGCCAUUGUAUCAUGCGAUCAAGAAAUCGGCAAUGGUGCUCUCUGCAAUAAAAUCUUAUCUGCUAGAGCUUUUCUCAUUCUAGCUUGUAUUUUCUCUUGUGUGUCUGGAACUCUAUGGGUUUUGUAUUGUGCAGUUAGAGGUGAUACUACACAUCGAGCCUUAUUAUUUCUAAACAAAGGUCUAGCUUUUGCAAGCCUUCUUACGGGAAUUAUAGGUGUCGCAGUUGGUAUCAAUGCUACAUUGGCUAUAGAAUCCGGUAUUGAAUUACGUUUAGGCCCUGCUGCAAUUGUUGGAAUCGUUGGCAUUUGUGUUAACCUAAUCGGUGCCAUUCUAAUAAUAUUCGCCAAAUAUUAG